AUGGCAACUAGGUGCACGAUUGAGUCAAUUAAAAAACGCCCAGCGUGUCUAGACGUCCACCAAAACCCUCAUCACUACUGGCGACCUACGGCCCUCACGCGAGACGAGAAUAUUCGACGGCUGAACCUGGCAUCUGAAUGCUGCGCCUUCAACCACAAGGAGCUGAUGAUGCCAGCCCCCCACCCCCAGCUCUACCCCUGGGAGAAAGACUUCCUGUCCCACCCACCUCUACGGGAUAUCAGAGACAUCGCGUCAGCGGACAACUCCAAAGUGGUUUUAGUCAAUGACUCCAGCACGUUCAGACUAGGGGACAUCAUCAACAUUCAAGUGGUGCUGUUUAAUGGGAGAGGGGAGAGAAUUAGAAUAGGUGGGACCAGCGUCAGGGUGUGGCUGGUCACUGACUCCCUUAAAGCCGCCAUCGCUGCUGACGUCACGGAUAAUUUAGACGGGACGUAUCUGGCGUCUUGUCCGUUACCAUGGAGUGGGUCAGUGAAGGUCAAGGCUACGAUAGCCCAUCACAGAGAACUCUUCAGGACAAAUUUAUAUGUUAAGUGCGCUAACUGGGCCAGUGUGAGAAAGGUAGAUAACCUAGCCAAUUACCCUAUGACAAAAGCCGAGGAAGAGUUAGUUCUCCUUACAGAGAGGUUUGUUUACAUAAAGCAAGGCUAA